AUCAUUCACUACAAAUGUAAACAAAUAAAACCGGAGAAUUCAUUUGAAAAAUAUGCGGCUAAGCCGAUCACGUAAGGAAUAAGCGUGAUAAAUAUUUUAUUUAUAAUGACGCACAGCUAUCGUACAGUCAUAUUGAAUACGUUAGAACCCUUGAUUGGGAAACAAGCCAUCUCAAGCCGGCUAACAUAUGGCAUAACGCAAAUGUUCCCAGAACCAACAGCACAACUAACCCUUCCGUCGAGUUUAUUACAAUCUUGUCCGGACAUACGGGCAAGUAUUAAUACUUUAUUUGACAAAGAACCAAGGAUAAAAAAGGUUGAGUAUAUAGACGAGGGCCGGAAACAUAAAAUUGUGCUGCGACUUGAUCAAAACCAAUUCGUACGAACCAUCAUAAAUAACGACAAUUCUAGUAAAAUUCAAAAGUUCCUAAAGGCACCCAAGACAGUGCUCGAAUUUAGCUCCCCAAACAUCGCUAAACCUUUUCACGCCGGUCACUUGCGUUCUGCUAUAAUAGGUAACUUUCUUUCAAAUCUCUAUCAUCAUCUUGGCCACAAUGUUGUGAAAAUCAACUAUCUUGGCGAUUGGGGCACUCAAUUUGGAUAUUUGAAGCUAGGUGUUGAAUUGAAACAACUUACCAAAGAAGACAUCAAGGUGAAUCCAAUCGAACGUUUGUAUGAAGCGUACGUACACGCCUACAAAGAUGCAUCCAACGAUGAAAAAUUACAAGCCAAAGCUCGACAAAUUUUUGCAAAUUUGGAAAAUGGAAAAAUUGAAGAACUCGAAACGUGGGAUGACAUUCGUUCCUAUGCAGUCGACGAACUUAGAAACGUUUACAGUAGACUUGGAAUCACCUUCGAUCAGUACCACUGGGAGUCACAGUACGGAAUUAGCAUGAUAGCUGAGGUUCUCGCUCUGUUAGAUAAAAAAGGUGUCGUUCACUCACAGGACGAUGGUAGGAAAACAGUUCAAGUAGGAAAUAGAACGGUACCAAUUGUUAAAAGCGAUGGGACAACACUUUACCUUACACGAGACGUAGCUGCUUUAAUUGAUCGAUACAAAAACUUUUGUUUCGAUAACAUUUAUUACGUAGUAGACAAUGCUCAAAGUGAUCAUUUUGCUGCCCUGAUAUCUAUUGCUCAUCAAUUAAACCUGCCUUAUGCUGGCAAUAUAGCCCAUAUCAAAUUUGGAAGAGUGAAAGGAAUGAGUACUAGGAAGGGAACCGUAGUAUUUUUGAAGGAUAUUUUGGAUGAGGCCGAAAUUCUCAUGCGACGGAAACAAUUGUCUACAAAAACAACUAAAAUUGAUAUAUCGAACGAUGAAGAAACGACUGCUGUACUCGCCACAACGGCGGUAGUUAUCAAUGACCUAAAGCAACGUCGAAUGCGUGACUAUGAUUUUAGCUGGGAUAAAGCGCUUCAGUCCGACGGCGAUAGUGGUAUUAGGAUGCAGUAUACGCACUGUCGUCUUUGCAGCCUGGAAGAUAGUUUUGGUGUUCCAAGGGAGCAGUGCAAUCCAGAGUAUUUGCCCGAAAAAGAGGCUCUAGCUUUAGUUUGUGAAAUUGCUAAAUUCGACGAAGCGCUCGCAGAUGCCGAAGAAAAGAAGGAAGCCUGUGUGCUUGUUAGUUACCUUCUUGGUUUAUGUAAUGCAAUCAAUCGUGCCAUGCAAACGCUGAACGUGAAGAACCAAGAAUGCAGCAAGAAGCAAGUUCAGAGGAUGUUACUUUUCAUGACGGCUCGCAAAACUCUACAUCGGGGGAUGGAAAUAUUGGGCCUUAGGCCACUGCAGAAAAUGUAAAAAGAAAUAGUUGAAUUAUAUUUUCCGUGCACUACUAAGAUAAAAUAAAAAAUUACAAAAAAUGUUUCAAAUUAAUCACCUCGUUGAAGUCGAAAUGCAGUGAUGUUGAAUUAGUAUGGGAAUCUUUGAAUAGUAAAAAUGGAUAUUUCUCAU